GGGCCAGAUUCAUACAUUUGAAUAGCGAGUGAGAAGAAUCCACAGGAAAUCAGUAUCUGGAGUUUCUGUUGUUAUAAAAGGCACCGUCCUCUCUUUGCUUUCAGCUGCAACUUUCCAUCUGAGACUGGAGCAUUCAACUUAGUGCAUCAAAACAGACAUUCCCUGGACCCCUGCAGGUAGGAAGCCAGCUAUGUACAGUCUUUCUGAAGAGUAGGCUGGUGACAUCCUUCAGUGUAGGUAGCUUUUCCCUUAGGCAUUCAGGAAAGAGUUGGACUUUGUACUCUUUACAGAUCUUUGAGUAGCUUUAUUUUAGUGAGUCUGUCCGUGUGAUGGACCAUGCUGGUAAAAUUGAGUGGGUAGCUGUGCACCCUUGCAAAUCACCUUUGAGUGCAGGGUCUCAAUGAACAGUAAAAUCUGUGGCUGCUGCAUAGUGUCUUUCCCCACUGUAUGACUCCAUGCACAAAAGCCAUAGAACCUGCUUCUGCAGGGGGGUUGGACUAGAUGAUCUCUAAAGGUCUCUUCCAACCCCUACCGUUCUAUGAUUCUAUGAUUCUCAUCUCAAGCAGACUGACCACGUCUCACACAUGGGAGACAGAAGCAUAAAGCUGCCUUGAGAUAUGAGCUUAGCAGCAGAGGAUUAUGAGACUUUUCAGGCCUAUCUUUAGCUUUCAUGUUGGAUUUCGUCAUUUCUCUGAAAAACUCAGACAGAUCCCAUGUUCAUAACAGAUAUCUAGUGACUGAUGAGUGUGUGCUAGUCAUUCCAUGCUGAAAGGAAGGAGAGCCCGUGGAGCCCACUGCUGUCUUCAUGGGUGUUAGAUGUGACUGAAAUUCAUUUGCCUGACUUUCUGCUUUGCUGAUCUGCAAUGUCUAAUGCUGGAGGUUAAAUCAACAUCACAAAUUGGAACUGGAACUUAUGAUUUAGCUACGGACUCCUCUCACUUUUUAAUGUGAAUUUAGUACUUCUGGAACUUUAGACACCCAAGCCAGAACAGCUAUGAAGUCUUCCCACCUCAAAAGAAAAUAUGGUGUGGAAAUGAUAGGAAAUAUUUUCUUCCUGCAAUUCCUCUUUCCAACAUGUCUUGCUUGCUUCUCCACCCCUGGUCACUCAUCCCUACUGACACUAGUUGUGGGCUGAGGCUACAUUCAGAAAGGUUCUCUCACUGGUCCAAGAAGACUAGUCAUAGUGAUUUAACUUUGUAGUGGAGUCAUUAAACAAUUAAACUGAAACUCACUGGCACAUUUCACAAAUGACCUCAGCUUUCAGACACUGCUGAUCGUGGCAGGAAGCUGGAGUUUUAUGUUCACCAUCGCCUUUCCCAAACUAAGCAACAAAUGUGCUAUCCAGAAGAUUUCUGAAUAUGAGGACUGCAUAAGUUGCUCAUCAAAUGGUCAGUUAAAGGCAAGGACAGACAAAAGCACCUGUGUGAACUGCUUGAUCAUCGAAGCAGCUCUAUAUAAGCUUGUUGCUGCCAUUCCCUUGAAAAUCCUAUGGCAAGAGGUGCAGAACAAAGGUACAAGAGAAAUAUUAGCAUUAGAAACGUAGGCACUUAAGGAAUUUUGAUGUCUUCAGGUUUUAAAAGCUUAAAUGGAGCAGUUGGAGGCUCAGCGUCUUGUGUAUUAGAUUUAGGAGCCUAUAAUAGCAGAGGCCAUCAUCUAAUCAUCAAAAAUCUAGUAACAUCUUCUGUGAAACUGAACUACUGCCCCUGAAAUACUGUAACACACUUGCCCAAGCAGCUAAAUCAGAUUUAAUACGGAAUUAUUUUACUAUUAUCUUGUUUUCUAUCUAUAUUUCAUGUAGCUUUCUCAUUGCUCUUGGUUUACCAGUGAUUUCAAAUAAUAAGUUGUCAGGACUUGAUUUUGAUCCCUAAAUGAUCAAAGAUAUUAAGCCCAGAUUUCAAAAAAGAAUAAAAACUUUAGAAGCAGCUGCUGAAGGUACCUCUUGCAUUUGUGUUCAAACAUGCAUAAACUCUUUUCUAUGUAAGAAUUACAGGAACCAAGAUAGAUUUCUGUCACAUCAGCACAUUUAUAUCUCUUGCUGAUUAUGUGUUAUUGCUGGGGUACAAAGGCUUCAAGCAUUUUAACAAAGGUUUGGAAUCCUUCACAAGGUGGCUUCAGCACACUGAAAACUUCCUCUGAGUUGUCAGCUGCUACUUUCAGGUUUUUCUUUAUGGAUCUGUGUCCUUGAAGGCUAGCCUGUUGGAAACCAGGAAGUGAAAAGUGUGAUGUUCCAGCCAAGGAGGAGCUGCCUUCCGUGGCACUCAGUGUCUGCUCUUGUUGCAGCAUCUUCACAAUAUCAGAGUGGUCCAUGAGAAGUUCUGAUACUUGGAGGGAUAAGGCAGGCGAACUCAAUAACUGAUGAACAGCAGACUCUACUGUGUUGGGGACAUUCUCAUGUUUCAACAUCACUGCAAUGAGUACACCUAUGUUGCUUUCUACAACUCCCUUGUAAUUUUCAUAAAAUUCCUUUACUGCAGCAGUCUUGUCCUGCAGGGAAGUGAUGGGACCACCAACUUUAGCAUGCAAACUGUGGCUGAUGCUUUCCCACACAUCUUUGUCUUUUGUUUCUAUACUGGUUUGCACCUCUUUCAAAGCACUGACCAGGAGCUGCAGAUUGUCUUUAAUGCUCAAGUUUUCUUUUACUGACAUGAUGGGGAAAUUGGUGCCAAGCUGUGUGUUGAGGAGUCGGAAUAUUUUGUUCGCUGAAGAGACAUAGAUGUACACUAAGUCAUGCAGAUUCUGGCAGGCCAUGACCAGCCUUUCUUUAUCACUCUUAAAACCAAGGCAGGCUAACAUUUCUGGAAUGAGAUCUGACUCUGAAAAACAAACAGAGGAAAUUCAGAAGAUAUAGAGGAAUAAAACUGGAUAUAUUUUCAGCUAGAAUGUUAUAUUUCUGAAAGCAGUAUUACAAACUACUUUACAUUGUCCUUAGAACUCUAAUCCUUUAGUUCGUAGAUACUGGUAGGUCUAUCCAGAAUUAAAUUCACAUUUUGGGGAUGGGGUGAAUAGACACAGCAAAUACAUCAGACAUCUACAUUCAAGAGAUAAAGCAACUGGAGAUAAAGUAAUGAAACAUUUUGUCAGGCUACAGUUUCCUGUGAAGUGACUCAUAUCUAUCCCUUCAUACAGCAGCUAGGUGUUGCAACCAUCCCUUGAAAGGUGAAAGCACAAAACAUUGUACCCUGCUUGGGUUCUCAUCUUGCUACUCUUUUGACUGCUAAGGAAGUUAUGUCCUUCUGUUUGCACCUAGGAGUUCUCCCAAGGCUAACUGCAGGUACAGUCCUGAGACAGCACAUGGCUGAGGGACUUCUCCUGAUGUUGUCUUUGCUUUGUUAGAGCCCUGGAAAGCCAGACUGGUUGUAGUAGACAUGUUUCAUCAGACAUUGCUGUGGUUAGAUGUGCAGUUAGAUGUGUCCAAGCAGCUGCAGCUUCACAUCCCAAUUAAUACUUUUAAGACUUUUCUCUCUGUGCUCAGCUCGGCCCUCUGUCUCUUUCUCCUCUCCCUUCCCAUAGAAAAAGUGGCCUGAAAUUGUGUGAAAUGGCAAAACUGACUUUAGCCGCCACUGCUGCUCUGACAGAGUUAGCUGGCUCUGGGAAUCUAUUCCACUUCUUCAACUCACGUGGCAUCAGAGGAGGGUACCUAGCAAAUUGCAACAAAGAGGAGUGACAGGCCCUCCAGAUGAAGUCCUUUCCUCAAACUUAAUAGGUCUGAAACAAUUGCCAUUAAUCUUCUCUAAAGGCCCAGAGUAAAGUAGGAACAAAACCGCUUGCUUAUUGUUUCUUCUGUACUCUUCCAAACGAUAGAGGCUCCAGAAAACAAGAAUUUGCAUCCUCUGCAAACCUUGAAGACCUGAAAUCAUUUUCCAGCCUACAGAAUGUGACACAGAAGCAGCUGCCAGCCUGAUCAAUUCAGUUCAGUCCAAUACUGAAAGAAGUAUUUCAGGACUACAUGGCAUUCUCAGUUAAUAACAGGAGUCACAACUAUUGACGGUUGCAGAAAUAUAAUAGUGAAAUCAUUAGUACUCAUUGUCUCAUGCCUACAGCUCUGAAAACAAGAGGAGUUUGGUAGUCUGUCUCUGAGUUGAACACAGUAGCUCAGCUUUGAGAGGAAAACAAGCUGGCAAUUGCAGAGUAUUCAUUUUAUGCCUGAUCUUUUACUUUCAUCUAUGAACUCAAACAUUCUCUACUGAGGAGGCAGAAUUCAUCAUGAUCAGAGCAUAGUGAGCAAUAGGUCUAUCUUUCUAAGGAUCAGACAUGCAAGAUAUCUAGCUUGGAUGAAGGCAGAAGUACCAGCUUGUUUUGCUGGGACAGACAAAGCCUGUUUUCACUGUCUGUGAUAUCUAUUUUUUCUAUUUGUGUGGGACUGUUAAACUUUUCUUCCAUCAUUCACAGGAAUAUAAAACCAGUCUUGGCAACCAUUCAUUAUUUCAGUAAUUAGCUGUAAGUAUUAGUGCUUAUUGUUUAUACUUAUAAACAAUAUAAAUGUAAACACUUAAGUUUAAAACCUAGUCUUGCAUCUGCAUGAAUGAAAAAUGCUAUCCUACAUAUUUUAUGUUCUGAGAGUGGCAAAUAAUACCAUCCUCUUUAAGUCAUGGCUGUAGGUGCCUGUGACAAUACCUUUGGCAUCAGGCAGAAGUCUUCAUGCUGUAUCUAUUCUCUCCAGGAACAGAAGGUCUUAGAAGGAUCUAACAAUUGGGAACUAGCAUGAAAUAAACUGAAAUCUAUUAAAAUUAAAAGGGGAAAGGAGGAAGAAAAUUGGAUGAAUCUGGGUAAACAUCACACGAUAGAAUUAAUGACAGGCAGGCAGGCAACAGGACCUCACUGAAGCCCAGCCUCUGGAUCCCUAACUCAUCACAUGCUGCUGGAAAGCACCAGAGGAACACAGGGGAAAGAGGAUGUAGUCACCCUCCUAUACACAUUUCAGCUGAUUGCAGGAGCACUCAGACAAAAUCAGUUUCUACAAAUCAGGAAGAACAAAUGACCUUUCAACAAAACAUCCCUGGAAUAGCAAGGAUCUAAUAUCACACUGAAUCAGAGAGCAAGCCAGCAACAGCUCUGAGGCAAGACUGGUAUGAAAUCAUUACUUGCUCUGAUGUGACUUUAUGUUUCCUGAAAAUCUCAAACCUUUAGUGUGUACAGAUUUUCUGCCCUUCAGCUUGAAGAAAAAGAAAGAUAUAUUAAAGAGUUUAUUCCUUUGACAGAGCUGCAAGGUACCAACAGCAAGAAGAGAUUUAUAUUGGAAAAAUAUGAAGCACUGCAUAAAAGUGGCCCAGAUUUGCAAUGAGAGGGCUGAGAACGCAAAAGUACCAACAAGGAAAGGAGUCAUUCUACUCAUUCAUAGUUUACCCCUGUUGCAAAGACAGAUGUGCAAAGUCAGCUGGUGAGGGACUAAAGGGAAGUGUCACGGAUUACAGAACUUUAGUGAUGAAGAGUAACGCCGUGAUCACUGACAACUCAGUCACUUUGGACUCUGCAUAUUGAUGUGUAGCAGCCUAUUUCUGAAAAAUGGCAUUGAGUGACCUCCUUUACCCAGAUAACCCCAAGAGAAGGCAAGAAUUGAUCCAUCUGCACCAGGAACUGCUCGACUGCAUGUCCACAAAUUUCCGUGCAACAAAUGAACUGGCUGGAGUGCUGAAUGAACACCUGGGCUGUACCAUUGCCCAUGUUCAGAUGAGAGCAAGCGGCACCGUCAAGGAAAACUGUGACCUUAUCAUUGAAGCCAUGAGUGAGAUUCAGCAGCAGGUACAGAAGAUUGAUAGUGACAUGAAGGAAAAGCUAGAGCCUGUGCUGUACCAGAAGCUAUAUGACAUCAAAGAGCCUGAGUUAGAGAAAAUUGCAAUAGCCCAUAAAGUUUUUUCCAUUGUUCUUGGAGAAGCAACUUCAACAGCUGAGAUGGUAGCUAUCAAGCUGCUUAGCUCCAAUCUUAUAACUCUCACUGUGAGCAAGCUUGUGAGUCUCCUUGCACAGAUUGGGGCAUCUGUUCUUGGAGGAAUCAGCAUCACCAUUCUUGGGCUCGGCAUUGAAAUGAUUCUCCAUGCCAUUCUGGGAGCUGUGGAGAGGAAUCAGCUCCUGAUGGCUGUGAGAAGCUAUGAGAAGCACCUGGCUGAGUUUAAGGCAGCCUCAGAAAAGUACCAGCAUGCAAUACAUGAAGUGACUUCUUUGGUGAGACAGCAGGUCCAGUGAAUGAAGUCAGAGUUGUCUCUCCUGCUGUGACAGCAUCUGCAGCAGCUACUCCUGCAGAAACCUUUUUGAUUCAUUGUGGUAAACGACCUACUGAUGGCUUUUUUCUUAUUAGUGUCAUCAGAGCAAGAGAUGCGACAGAUCAGGGAAUUGUCACUGAAAUCUCUUCAUAGGGAAAUACUUAUAGAUGCGUCUAGGAAGGAACACUUCAAAUACGUCAUAUCUUUCCUUCAUCUGUUUUCUGGAAUGCAUUGUAGAUAACUUUGAACUGUAAUUCAUGAUAGUGACAACAAUAUCCACUGCUGGAGCAGCAAUGCUGAGAAGGUGUGAUUUUUCUCUGUGUUUCUUCAUCAAAGAUGACAACAUAAUGGGAGAAAAACAAUUUCAACAAACCAGUCCGUGUCUUCCUCUGGAGGGCUCAUCAGGACAGCUGUGACUGCCAAAUUCUUUGUGUGGAUUAGUGCCAAAUCAAAUAGGUUGGAUUCUCUGUUCAUUAAAGUGCUUACAAGGACUAGUUGAAGCGUGUUUAACUGCUAUUUCCUGCCGCAUCCCUGCCUAAGGAGCCAGCCAGAGAUCUUCUCUAAAUAAACUUUAAUCCCUGCAGAUUAGCAGCUAAGAGAAGCAUGGCCUACAGGCAAAUACAACUUUGUCUCACAGCUGAGAGAAACCAUCUGUAGUUUUCCAGGCAUACUUGGCUGUAAAUAACUUCUUCUGCCCUGCUCCCUCCAGCCCACAGGUAAAUAUUUCUGUGCACAGUUGCUGCUCUGUCAAUUCAAUGCAGGAUUACGGCCCUAUUAAGGCACUAAAUUUAUUUUCAAGUGCCUUACUCAGUCCCAUCAAUGUGGGACUGCCAGGCACAUGCUCAGAUUCUGCAUUUCCCAAUGUGCUACAAAAUGUCCUUAUUUUUCAGAUUUAAAAAACAAAGCUGGAAGCAAGCACAUGCUCUGCAGUCUCUCGCUCUAAUAAGCUAUGGUUUGGGGGUUUUUUGCUUUGAUCUUUGGAAAAAAAAAAAAGUAAUGUAAGAAUGAAUAAAUUGUACCUGAAUUAA